ACUUGCUGUACAAAGGGGAAUUGCCAUUCCUUUACACUGCGGCCAGAUGGAGCGCCAGUCCUCUUCACAUGAUAAGUCUGCUGAUGGACCACAGUGCUGAGAUUAACACUGUUGACCCCGAAGGAAAUACAGCUCUUCACGUGGCAGUGGAAGCUGGCAGAGUAGAGGCUGUGUACGCCCUGCUGAAGUUCUGCCCGGAUCUCUCCCUCCGUAACUCCCAAAAUAAAACAGCAAUUGAUCUCCUCCUUCCUGUCAAUGGGUCCUCAACAAACACCACAUCGCAGCCAAGUGACACGACCUCACAGCCAAGUGACGACCCCAUCAGUGAGACAGAAGAACCAGUAAAGGAACUGAUGUUGCAACUAUUUGCCGCAUCAUCUUCAUUGAAUGACACAUGUUUUGCCAGCGUUAGUCUCACCUCUCUAAUGGCUCAAGCAACAAGCAGUCACACCAACACUCAGGACUUCGGCAGUGACAGUGUAAUGGUGAGAGAAGUGGUUACUGUGGCUCAGGAAGAUGGCCAUAAUGGUAUGGUCAAGGAGGUGUGGGCUGAAAUGAGGAAAGUUUGUGAGUUCCUCCGAAAUCUUGGGCAGAAAAUCGAGUCUAAUGAGGCAAAAUUAAACAUUCAGGUGAAG